AAUCUACUGAUGCUGGAAAUUGUGACGCGUAGAAUGGUGAGUGUGAAGCAGCUAUUUGCAGGAGUGACCUUGCUCGCCAUUACGGUGUGGAUUUACCUUCUGCUCACCGCACGUCCAUGUACGGUGCUUCAAGUCAGGCCGAGUUUUCUUACUCCCACCUCUAAGAGAGUUAUAGAGUUCAAGGCCGAAUCAAACAUCUCCAAGGUCAACGUGUUUGAGAAAAUUGUCUCGAAAUUUCUCAACUCUACGAACAGUUCUAAUAUUUGUGCCGGAUGUGAUGAAGCGGUGUUAGAACCGUUCCUGGAAGAUUUGCUCCGUGGCAUCAAAGACAAGUUGGCCUCGGUGAAGAAAAUUGUUUCAGUUUUAUCUCAACCCGUGGUCAACCCCCACAACCACACGUACCUGUACAACCCGCGACUGACGUGCAGCAAGCGGGUUGUACAUCUCCUUAUCGUCGUACCCUCGGCGACCGGAAAUUUCAUCAAGCGCGCGAAAGUCAGGAACAGCUCUAGGAGUGAGUACGUCAGGGUAGACUCACACAACGCCAGGAUGUUGUUCUUCAUAGGGGGAGCCAAAAGUAAAAUAGAGCAGGUCAAAAUAGACGCGGAGGCUAAACUCUACGGCGAUAUCGUUCAGGAGAAUUACGCGGACGUUUAUAAGAAUAUUCGAACCAAAGCAGUGUCGAUGCUGAAAUGGGCGAGCCAGUUUUGCGAGAAUGCGAAAUUUGUUAUAAGGACAGACGACGACGUUGCGAUUAACGUGACGAAACUGGUUUCGAUUUUGGAAACAACGAAAUCUCAAAUAGACAACUUUAUUCUUGGGAGAGUUAAGGUUCGUAAUAAGCCGCUCCGGAAUCCUAAAAAUAAGUAUUACUUAUCCACGGAAGAAUUUCCUGACGAGAUAUUCCCGCCCUUUGCGUUGGGUGGUUUGCUGGGAUUCCCCAUGAGCUCCGUGAAACUACUGUACCAAGCGGCUCUCAGGAUCAAACCAAUAUGGCUGGAUGAUGUCUACGUCACUGGUAUCUGUGCACCUCAGGUGGCGGUGACGUUGGUAAACAACAGGGAGUUUGACUUCAAACAUUGGUCGUGGUGAUGUGAGCUCAGAGUUAAGCUCAUUUAGCUCAUUAUGACUUCAAACAUUGGUCGUGG